UUGGUGAGAGGAGAUCCGAGGAGCGGAUGUGGUUAGGAAGAACAAGUAAUGGGACUGAUCCCAAAGGAAUAACUUUUUUUUUCCCCCAAAUUUCCUGUUCGGCCAGUUUGAUGUGUCUUAAUUCACAAACGCUCCGAAAUCUUCAGCCGUAGGUCUCUAACCCAGAAACAUGCGAUGUCCGAUCGGUGGUCAGUCAUGGGGAAGACUGUCGACCUGACAGCUGACCAGCAGAAAGUCAUCAAAAGAUCCUUUAAACCAUGUGAAGUUUGCUGCCUUGCUGUGAAGAGUUAAUGGCCCCAGCCCUGACCAAGAUCUUGAGAAAUGACCACGGCAUUCACCUCUCCUCUCCUCCUACCUCCGUCAGAGUGGACUCGGAUGCUAGUGCUGUCAUGUGCACUGUUGAGCUUGAGCCACAUGUGAGAUCCACAGAUGAUGGGGAUCUGCAGAAAAUCAGUUUGAAUCUUUGCUCGCUUGGCUGUCUUGACCCUGUUGACCCCCCUGCAAACCGUGAGCCUUUCACACGUGGCCCUACAUCUUGCAGUCAGAGUGACAAGGUGGCCCAGCCUGCUCCAGGCUCACUUGUCAGCUUCCCCUGCUUCGGUAAAUGCCAGAGAGAAUCUCAACAAGUGGCCACAGUCUUCCCAGGUGCAUCAGGCAUGUUUGUAAUUCCUCUUCCAGAGCACAAUAGCCAAGAGGCUUUGCUGCUGCAUGGACAAAGUGUUCAGUCUGAAUGUGGGCCAUAUGGUGGUGACGUGCGCCCCUCCUCUCUUAUCCUUCCCAGUGUUUGUCCCUCCUAUUCCCAAGGCGAGGAAACAUCUCAGAAUCUCACUUCCAUGUAUGCAACCCAGCCCACAAUGAUGUAUGAGGAAAUAGAGUGGAUGCUUGGUCCUGCUCCCACUGCAGCUCUAAGGCAGCUUGGUACUAGCUUUGUAAACCCUGACCAGCUGCAGUCAAGAAACCUGCUAGUGGAUGCAACCAAAGAACAGCUCUCCAAACACGUGGAGCUUCAGGGCAGAGCUUGUAGGUUGCAAAGGAGACUUCAAGCCCUGCUGGGAGAGCACGCUUUGAAACACUGCAGCCAACAGCUGGAGGGUUUAAAAAACCAUUUUCAGCUUAAAGAUGUGCCUCUUGACAGUCUGGACUCUGUUACGCCUCCACAAAAUUGUGGAAAUCCCUAUUUUUCUUGGGAAGACUCGAUCUCAGCCUCGCCCUUCUUUGGAGAGGUGGCAGAUUUUUGCGAAUCCAACCAGAUGGUGCUUAGAAGACUACAGGAGGCCUUGGACUCGGAGGCCACAGGCAGCAGCAGCUCUGACGAGUCAGAGGAGGACAUGCUUUUACCUUUCAGCAGUAGCAGCAGCAGUGAGAUGCAGUGGCUAGAAGAAAGAGCAGAGCUGAGCAGCAGAUGGAUCUGGCUGCAGCUUCGUCUGUCUGAGCUGGAUGGGAGAAUAGAGCAGCUGCUGGAACUCCACAAAAACAUACGCUCGACCAAGGGCAGCGUGGUGCUUGCGCCAUCCCAGCCGCUGACUGACAGGCAGAUUCAGCAGAGCCUAAUGAGAGAAAUGGCCGGCCUGUCCUGCACAGCCUCAGAUGCAGAUGGAGAGCCCUGCAGUCCCACACGCCUGCUGUACAACAUAGAGAGACAGAGUGCCCAGCUCAACCAGAUUGUUAACAGUCUGAUGCCUCCCCUGAGCUUUUCACCUCUCUCUAAACAGCCCUCAAAGGAAAGCAGAACCUUAGCCAGUACUCAUGGAGGAGAUUAUGUUUUUCUAACUGGGACCUCUAAGAGAAGGAGAAGAAGGCUCUUCAGAGUUGAUGGAUCAUAUGUGUGCGCCCGCACCCGGCCUAUGAUCACAUGCCAAAAGCGCAGAUUGUACUCUUUCACCUCCUGCAACACCACCAGUUCACCGAAAUCAAGACAGUCUAUAUCUGCUCUCGUCUCCAACUGUAGCUCUUGUGAUUCUGCUUGUUUGUGCCCUGAACCUGAAUGCAGCUCCAGGUCAAGACUUCAGCCUCUGGUGCCACUGUCCUCUGGCGGUACUAUGAGCCAUCACUUUCAGAAGAUCAUGGCCAGAGAAGAAUGGGUUCAGAGACCUUUAAUUAUCAAUUCUAAACAGCUCAGUCCACUAAACUACAGGAGAAUCAGCUCCACACCAAGACACAACAGUAGGAAACGCAAGCAACAUGUGCGGCGUAGUAAAAGGGGAGUUUUGGGUCUGUCACCAAUCAGGUCAUCAGGAUCUGCUUGGAGUCAGUGCAGGCGAUCCAAUCAGAGAAAAAGGAAGAGAGGACGCCUCUGCAGACUGACUAAAGAAGAUCAGGAUGUCCUGUACCAACUCUGUGAUCUUGGAGACGGUUCGAACGACAUGCUGGAGGAAAACCUUGGGCAGUUCACGCUCAGCCGGGCCACACAGGGCUUUCUUCGCAAACACCGUAGAGGCCGUGUGUACAACAUCAAUGACAUUGUCAUUCCUGUGCCACUUUCUAAGGUGGAAAAGCCUCAGUACAAAGACAUCCUGACACCCAGUUGGCGUGUAAUCGACGUCCAGGGUUUGACGGCUACAAAGGCUGACGAGGAUCAGAAGAUGGAGGAUCUCAGUGAUGAAGUCUUUGCUCGGAGGCACCUUGCUUUGGAGCAGAAGGAGAAGCGGCGCUGGUCAUCCUGGGAUAAGAGGAUGACAUCCUGCAGACGUCCUACAAGAUCUGGUAGCAGGCUAUCGAGCAGUGCCGGUGGGAUGUGCACAUCAGGAGAGGAGGGCUCUGAGGAGUGGAAUUGUGCUCAGCUGGAUUCUGAUGAGCAGCCGUGGUCGGAAGAGCAGAUGCCUCAGGCACCUUGGGAGUCCCGAGUCUUUCCUCUGGAUGAGCAUGAGGAAGCCGCUCUGCUUUCUGGUGAAGUGAAAAUCCCAUCUAGGUGGACAGAAUCCAGCUGUCUUUCUCUCUCAUCAAAGCCCUUCAACUCCCAUCUGUCUCCACCUCAGUCAGCCUGUACUACGCUGCCCUCUUCAGGACAAAAUAAGAGCUGUGCGUCGAGUGGCAGCUGAGGUUACCUCUAUAGCUUUCCCCACAUCAGGGACCACGAGCCAAAAGAAGUCCACAGGAAACCUUCACUGGGGUACUGCAUACAGUCAAUGAAAAUGUUUCAUUUAAUGUGAUAAACUCAAUACUUCGAUGCAAAUGUCAUUAUUUCGUAUUGUGAGGUGUGUCACAGUUGUCUUAACUGACCACUGUGACUCUUGGCUCGGUUUUUAAUGUAAAUGCGAGGCUGUCUGUAAUGUAAUAUAGAGCAAUAUCUGAUUUGUAUUUAGUUUACAGUUGUCACACGCUAUUUAUUCUCAAAGUUGUCUCACAAAAAUGUACAGAUGUAAAGACCUAAGUAGACACAUUUAUUUAUAUAAUCUUUGAUUGUUUUUAUAUGUUUUGAUUUUCAUAUGUGCUGUCUUAUUUUUUAAUGAAAACAGUAAAUGUCGUCAUUGGCAAACA